AUGAUAGCCAAGGCCGAGGAUUUGAAGACUGCAUUUCUGACAGAUGACGCAACAACAAUUUGUUUAGAGAUUCUGGAGAAAGGAGAUCUUCAAGUUGCAGGGAAAGAAAGGGAGGCUCAAUUGUCACUUCAGUUUCGUGAUAUUGCCACCAUUGUCAUGGAAAACACCAUUAAUCCUGACACGAAACGCCCUUACUCGAUAACUAUGAUCGAACGUUUGAUGCAUGACAUCCAUUUUGUUGUUGAUCCUCAUAACAGUUCCAAAAAGCAGGCACUAGAUGUUAUUCACCGGCUUGUAAAGAAAUUUCCCAUCAAAAGAUCUCCAAUGAGACUUCGACUUACUGUUGGUGAGCAGAAUUUUUCCACUGUAUUGGAGAAGCUAGGCACUUGGAAUGGUGAGAUUGUGACUAUGGAUGAAUCUGGAACUCAAUUUUCAGUUGUUUGUGAAGUUAAUCCAGGUUUAUAUCGACAAUGCAAUUGGUUGGUGAGAGACUUACAGGGGACGCUGGAACUGGUAGCACCUUCUGUUCAUGCAGGGGAAGCUGCUUUAAGCAGUGAAGACAACCAAACUCCAAGAAGAUAUAACUUGCCUGUGGUCCUGUAUUUUUUCACUAGUGGUGGUUGGGAUGGUCCCCGAGGAGAGCCAACCCAUGGAAACUACCCCCUUUGGCCCGAAUAUGGUUGGCCGCCCUAUACCGACGCUUCGGGUCCCGAUGUGGACCCCACCUACAAUUUCACCCGGUUCACCGACGACGCGGCUCGUGCUCAUCGUCUUGAGCGGGAUGAAUAUUGGAGGAUUCAUGAUGCGAAGGGUAAAGGGCAUGCCCCGGGCCCUCUUCUUAGGGUUCACUCCAUCUCUCCCCCAUCUUGA